AUGGCCGCGAAGCGUGCAAUCUUUGAAGCGGUAUACAACCUGGCAGCAGGAGCUGCCCUGAGGAUAAGGUCGGCAGGCCUCAUCGAGGACUUAAACUGGGCCUACAACGGCCUCAAGAUGACCGUAGAUGCUAAGGAUACGGUGCUCGGACACGUAACUUCACUGCAAAAGUUUGUACUGUCAUUAGCAAACAAGAAGAUUGACAACGCGUUCGCAGCAUUUAGGCUGCAAGUUAACCAAUUUUUCAUAAGAAAAGAGGAAGAAGAACAGGAAGAAGAAGCAGAAGGUGAACAGGAAGAAGAAGCAGAAGGUGAACAGGAAGAAGAAUCCGAAAGCGAAUCUGACGAAGAAAAAACUAAGCCCAUAAUGCCGCCCAAACUGGAUCUUAGCUUGGCAAUCCGCGUCGUGGAUAAAUACGACGGGGAUGCAGCCACGCUACAAUCCUGGUUGGAUAGCGUGCAGGUUCUUCGGGAGGACGAUCCUACCGUCCCGGAGGCCAAUUUUAUUAAUUUUUUGAAAUCGCGGUUAAUUGGUGCCGCGAGGGGAUCCAUUGAUGGAACCCAAACACUGGCAGAUGCGACAACUGCCUUGAAAACAAAGUUCGCAAUUCAACUUACACCUAUUGCGGUGGAGGCUGAAUUACGAGCUUUGAAGCAAAAGAACAAAACAGUGACGGAUUUUGGCAGCGAGGUAGAAAAGCUCGCUACCAAAUUAGCGUCCGCAUGGGUUUCGAAGGGUGUGCCCUUCACCACUGAGGCCUCAGCGAAGCCAGUAGUGGAACCCAUAGCAGUGCAAACCUUCAUAAACGGUCUUAAGGAUCAAUCAGCAGCUUACCUAGUGAAAUCUAGGAAUCCAAAGACGUUGACUGCUGCUAUUUCGGAUGCAUUGGAGGUGCAACCUCAUGCAUCCGCUGAGUCCGCAAUGUGGGCUCAGGGGGGUUAUCAACCUCCAUUUUUCAACAGGGGAAACCGUAGAGGUAACCACCGCGGAGGCCGUGGUAACAAUUACCAUGGUAAUCGUGGCGGUAACCGAAACUACGACGGGAAUGGUCGCAACAAUCGACCGCAUCAAAACAACAAUGGUUAUCGGGGUAACCAAAAUAAUCAAGGUUACCGUGACGACCAUGGAAACAAUCGAAAUCAGAAUCACAACCGUGGUGGAUAUCACGGAAAUAACAACAAUAAUAGCAGUAACAACAACAGCAACAACAACAGUAACCGCAGAAGAAAUGCGAACGUGGCUGAAGAACCACAGCCGUCGCAACAGCAACAACCCCGAGAAGAAGCAAACGUAGGGGAGUUUUUUCGCUAA